AUGAUAUAUAUGAAUGAUUUACCUAUAGCUGAAGUUAAAAGAGAGAAAAAAUUAAUUGAAUUAGAUAAGGAAGAAAGGAUUGAUUUUGAAGAAGCCUUGGAGGAUAGUGAUGAUAAACCACUUGAAAAUAUAAUCGAAAAUAAUACUGAAAGUAUUACAAAAGAAAGUGGUGUAUCCAAAGAUGAUUAUAAUAUUCAAAGUGUUGAAUUAAUAUAUGAUCAAUUUAGAAGUUUAGAAACAAUAGACGUAUCUGAAAAUUUUUUAAAGCUUCUUGAUAUUCAGAUUUCUUAUCUUACUAAAAGUCAUGAACUAAAAUUAAAAAGACUGUUUAAUGCAUUCUUUUUAGCUAUAUAUCCUGGAGAAAAAAACCAACAAACCAAAGAGUUGCUAUACUAA